AUGACGAACCUCUUUAACAAGAUAUUGGGAGAAGAACGAAUUCCUAAUCAAUGGAGAGCAAGCACGAUUAUACCCUUAUUCAAAGGCAAAGGAGACCCUCAGGAGUGUGGUAAUUACAGAGAGACAAAGGAGAAAGUAUUCGAAGAAGCCGAAAAGUGGUCAAAACGCUUAGCUGGAUAUGGUUUAAAGGUCAACAAUCGAAAAACGGUAUACAUGGAGAUGAACGUUACAGGCACCCCAUCGCUGGAUGACCAAUUAAUGUACCCAAAAGUAGACAGGUUUACAUACCUAGGCUCGAUGCUACAACAAGAGGGAGGUUGCGCAAAAGAAUUCAAUGCACGGAUUCAAAAAGGAUGGCUUAAAUGGCGAAGUAUAUCCGGUGUAAUGUGCGACAAGAAGAUGCCAAUAUAG